AUGGGGCUUUGUAAGCGGGGCACAGCCAGAGAGGAUGUCCUGUCUUCACUGCGGCGGUCGCAGGGUGUGAGCAGCAACUGCAGCCGGGGACUGCCACCCCGGCGGCUUCCAUCCCCUACCCGGCGGCACGGCGGAGGGAGGGGACGCUAAACGGGCACCCCCCACCCCCCACCCCCCCCCCCCACACCCACCUCUGUAAUACAAGGGGAAUCCAACGCCUUGCAGGGAAGGGGGUUAAGGAUGAGCAACGGGGAAGGGGUCCCCGAGGAGGAUCUCCUGAGCUGGGACAAGGAGCUCCUGGUGCUGAAGCUGCGGAGGGCGGAGGAGGAGAAGAUCGCGGCGCUAGUGCAACGCGGGCGGCUGAUCGGCCAGGUGAACCGGCAGCUGCAGGAGCACCUGCGGGAGAUCCGGGAGCUGAAGGCGGUGAACAGCCGGCUGCGGGAGGAGAACCGGGAGCUGGGGGACCUGUGCUGCUUCCUGGACGGCGAGCGGCUGAAGGUGAAGAGGCUGGCCGGGGAGUGGCAGCGGCUGGGCCGGCACGCCCUCCGGGCGCUGCGGGAGGACGUGGGAGACUGCCUGGGGAAGCUGGCCGAGCUGGGCCGCCUGCAGGGAGCCCUGGCCAGCGAGAACGGUCAGCUGAAGGAGCUGUGCCUGGCCUUGGACGCCGAGAGCCGGGCCAGGGGAGACCCCAGCCCGGCCGGAUCCUCCGACCUCGGCGUGCCCUGCGGGACCAGGGACCUGGGAGACGGCAGCUCCAGCGUCGGGAGCCCGGACCAGCCGCGCCCGUCCUGCUGCCCCGGAGACUAGGCGCAGGCUCCGGUGAAGGAUCGCCGAGGGAGACGUGGGGGGAACGUGUCACUGUGUCCCGGGACAUUGGGAGACUGUGGGCGGGGACAUUGGGAGGUCGUGUCCCGGGACAUUGGGAGACUGUGGGCGGGGACAUUGGGAGAUCAUGUCCCGGGACAUUAGGAGAUCGUGUCCCGGGACAUUGGGAGACUGUGGGCGGGGACAAUGGGAGAUCGUGUCCCGGGACAUUGGGAGACUGUGGGCGGGGACAUUGGGAGAUCAUGUCCCGGGAC